AUGUUCGACAGGAUCCAGCACUCAGCCAUGUGCCUCUCGCCGACAUCGAAAAGGCAGUUGAAAGGCGCUGGCGAGAGCUCCCACAAGAGGAGCGAUAAAGCUCCAUCCACGUCUGAGACUGCACCGUCUGCUCCACUACCUGUCCUGCCGGAGCAGGAAGAUCUCGAUGGCUGCCAACGGAUGGUCUUCGACCCCUACGACUCUGGUUUGGAGGGUCAGCCACACGAUAUGACAUCUCCCGUGAAGUGUGGCAUGGCGGAAGUGCGCGAUAUUCUAACUGCCCAGGGUAUCAACCCACAUCUGAUCAGAGUCGCACCCUAUCCGAUAGAAGAUGUAACCACCCAAGCUGUUGAAGACUUCCUCAAUGGCACAGGUGCGCUUCUUCAUCUUUGGGACCAGAAGGAGGCCAUGGCCCUUACCAAAUCCGUUUACCACCCACAAAACGAUGGCACACCGGUGCACGCGACCGAAGUCUUUGCAAUGGCAGCAUUACAUCAUGCUCCUCCUUCACAAGCUGAAAGUGGGCCAGCAGUUUUCCAAGAACGAGUCCGCGAACUCGGCCAACUAGGUGCAUACAUAGCGCUCGACCUCAAGACCACAGCCCAACCAAAGGCUGAGCAAGCCCGAACUCAUCUCGAGUCCCUUGACAAAUGGCACCGUACGCUGCCACCACCCAUGCAAUUAAGUCGACUCAGUCUUGCAAGGCCAUUCAGUAUGAACUUGGCCAUGAAGCGGUCUCUGCUACAAAUCCAUAUCCUUUUCCUUGGUAUAUUCACCGAGCCUUAUCGGAAGUGCUUGGUCGACCUAGGGAAUUUCCGCCUGAGCAAUGCGUCAGUCGAAAUUGACGGUCUAGAGGAUCUGGCAUAUCUCGAGGAGCAGUGCAUUUUGGCGGCACGGCAAUCCGCUCGGGUGGCUUCGCUACUGCAAAUCGACAAUCUUGUCCGAGCCCACUGUUGGGUAUCCAUUUAUACUAGCUUCACUGGCUGCGCAAUACUCCUCUUCAGCGCCUCACAGAAGCUGCUCGGGCUCUACGACGAAGAAAUUGGCCAAGACCUCUCUUACGCAUCCUCACAUCUCAAUCUCCUCUCGCUGUGUAGUUACGACAACUUCGUUGCGAAAGAGCUGUACACCAAACUCCAGAUCAUCUUCAAUGACAUCAGAGAGGUCGCGGUCUCGCCUGUCUAUCGUAAGAUGCGCGACGCUCGUAUCUUCGUCAAGGACCCGAGGCUUGUGCCGCGCUCGCAUUACGACUCGAUCGUAGGUGCGGAGGAGCUCUUGCCUGUGACCGGUUCGAACGGCCAGUCUCCCCGCACCUAUGCGGCUCCUUUUUCCUUCAGACUGUCAGAGCGCUCCACUCUUCACGAUGCUCUUAUCAUGCAUGUGGAGCUUCUACGUCUCCGCUUGCCCGUCCAAGGAGCUUUUGUGGUGUUAACAGACGGUAAUACGCCCUAUUUCCUCGCCGGCACUCCCAGGCCUCAACCGAGCGAGGAAAACGGGUCCCGCGCUGAAAGCGCCAGCUGGUUAGGGACCGAUGAUGCCGACCUGCAACAAUGGCUUUGGAUCUUCCAGCAAACGAUUUCUGUCAAUAUGUCUCCAGCGUCAUCGAAAGAGACAAUCUUCACUGUAUUGUCUUUGAAUCAAAACGACCGCUUAUCCAAACUAUCGUCUGUAUGUUGCGCUCCGCAUCUGUCCUUCUAUGCUGGGACGCCCAUCACUUCUAAACAAGGCACAACCAUUGGGGCCGUCUUUGUUGUUGACGAUUCCGCACGAAAGGGUUUUUCUGACAAGGAUGGAGAACUCUUAACGGUCACCGCGGAGAAAUGUAUGGCUCAGCUUGAAUCCGCUCGCGAGACAGCAGUCCAAGAGAGAUGGAAGAGGAUGAAUGAUCAGCUUUGUCGGUUCGUUGAGUCUCGUGCAAUUAGGGAUCAGCAGCUGGAAGAGCCUCCUUCCCUAGGAAGGACAGAUCAACAACGACGCAGGAAGGUGCAGAUUGAAGAAGUGCAGAACCUGGCACUCCGACAUGACCAGGACCCUUCAAAAGCUGAAAAUGUUGCAUUGCCGGAAAAUGACUUCAGCAUGGGCGCUGAAUCCAAGCGACUCAUACAUGCUGAAAUCGAGACAGCCCAACGCGUCGUAAAGGAGGACGAGAUACACAAAGCACGAGUUAUUACCGCUCAAGUCAAUAAGGACAGUAAGCGUAGCAGCGGCCAGGGUGAAACUACUUACCGGAAAAUUUUCAGAAGAGCUGCGGAAUGCUUGCAAGAAGCCUUGCAAGUUGACGGAGUGCUUUUCACUGAUGGUCUAAUUGGCUACCAUGGUGUCGUCCAACCUAUGGCGGAAGUAGAAGAAGAACUAGAACGCGAGAUAGUACAAAGGCCACAGAGGGAGCGCUUCCCCGAAGAAAGCAUCGGUGACGACCCUUUCUCUCCCGAGAACGGUAGGCCACCACCGGAUGCUCCGCUACGCCAGCAAGGUAACAGUGGCGGGGUACAAGGCGCAACUACAAGAACGUAUACGAGCCCGGAAUAUCUGAGAGGUAUCUACGUUGAGCGUCCCGCUGAGAUCCUUGGCAUUUCUACGCGUAACCCAGGCUUGGCUCCCGAGAGUAAAUCCCUAAACGAAACUACGAUGGGGUUAGCUAAAUUAGACGAAGCGCACCUCCAACUGCUGAUGGAUAGCUAUCCCGACGGCAACAUGUGGUACUUCCACGAUACCACGCAUAUCUGCUACCUGCUAAGGAACGAUACCCUCAUUGAGGACGAUUCACCGGAACAGACACGACGUCUCAUUUCGAACUUCCCAGGCAUCCGCCAGAUGAUAUUCCAGCCUCUGACGGAUCCUGUAAGCCUGAAGCGCCUUGCUGGAUGUCUCGCAUGGUCCACGCGAACGUUGCCUGUGUUAUCAGAUACUACGGAUCUUCCCUCUCUUCGUGGCUUUUUGCAUGUCCUUGAGUCCGAAAUAUCCAGAAUCGACGCAUCAGCAGCUGCUAAGCAAAAGGAAGCUUUUAUCUCCUCGAUCAGUCAUGAACUGAGAACUCCACUUCAUGGCAUCCUCGGCUCCAUACAGCUCCUUGCGGAUACCGAUUUAGACCCUUUUCAGACGGGUUUGGCCGACACAAUAGAAUCGUCUGGCUCGGCGCUUAACGAAACGCUUACCAGUGUUCUAUCAUAUGCAAGAAUCAAUCAGUUUGAGCGACAGCAACACAAAUACCGGCAGAGGCGGCCUCCUGACGCAGAUUGGUCCCUUUCAAACAAGAUGCAUCUUCCUCCAGGCCCGGACACGGAUUUCAAGGGCUUAUACGUAUGCACGAACAUUGCCUUGCUGUGUGAGGAUAUUGCCGGCGUGUUGGAGGCCGGACAGUCAUACGACAGGCCAACAGACCGGUGUGACAUUUCUGUCGUUGUCGAGAUUGAUUAUGAGGAGAAUUGGAAUUACUUCAUCGAACCUGGGGCCCUGCGCCGAAUUGCAAUGAAUAUAAUUGGUAAUGCGUUGAAGUAUACCACGGAAGGUUCGGUAACCAUCACACUCUCCGCAUCAAAAACCGCCACAGGCGAAACUAAGAUAGGUGGCGAUAAUAGUUCACGGCGGACGAUUACUCUCACCGUCAAAGAUACCGGGAAAGGAAUAUCGAAGGACUUCAUGGAGAACCAUCUCUUUGUCCCCUUUACCCAGGAAGACACGACGUUGUCACAUGGUGUCGGUCUCGGAAUGUCCAUCGUGAAGAGUUUGGUGUCGUUACUCGCCGGUGAGAUCAUAGUGGACAGCGAGCCAGGGAAGGGAACCGAGGUCACGGUCAUGAUGCCGAUGAGACUCUGCGAUUCCGAUCAAGAGGAAAUGGGAAAACCGGCGCUCGAAUUAGAACGAUGCACUGCAUCCCUCCGUGAGGAACAUCUCUCUGUGUUGCUAUUCGGCUUUCCAAGCGUCGUUCGCCUAGCUGUUGAGAAAUAUCUCCGCGAGUGGUUCUACUGCAACCUAUUGGACAGCACUGAUCAUGCCAAGCCGGAUGUGGUAUUGGUGGAGGAGGGCAACGACGAGGCCGCUAGUGAUGUUGAAAGAACAGCGCAGCGUUAUGGCCGGUGCGGUGUCCUACUCAGUAUUGCAAUGAUCGCAGAUGCACUGGCCAAGCCGAUGCGCCCAAUCAAAGGAUACAGGAAAUGGGAGCGGAUUCCGCGUCCCAUAGGCCCUCGCAACCUCGGAAAGGCACUUUCGGCAUGUGUCGUCAAGUUACGAGAGCUUCGCGGACAUGGAUGCAGCGGCGAGCGAGAUGAAAGUGAUCGUGGACAGUACAUCCAUGGCGAAACCGAUCAGCAGUCGCGAGACGACAAGCGAAGCGUUGAGGAAGGCACACGUAAUUCGUCAAGGAAACGAUCGCAGGCAACUCUAGCCAUAUCGGACACAGCCAAUAGCGAGAACGUCCCUUUACCGGUAAUGGAGAAUACGCUACACAGACAUACGGACACACCAAAUGAAACAGUUCUCCCAAAUCGUUCUGGAAGCUUCGUUGCUGAUUCCCAAAGUGAGAAAUCGAGCAUGGAUCCGCUGAACCUCCGUAUCCUUGUCGUUGAGGACAAUGCGGUGAACAGAAGGCUUCUGGGGGCCUUUCUGAAGAAAUAUGGCUGUCGCCAUGUCCAAUACGCAGAGAAUGGUGCAUUAGCAGUCAUGAUGGUGGAGGGACGUUCGGAAGGCUUUGAUGUUAUUUUCAUGGAUCUUUCGAUGCCUGUUAUGAACGGCUUCACAGCUACGCGCGAGAUCCGUUGCAUAGAACACGAACGACGCUCCGCCCAAUCAUCUUUUGAUCCCAUAACCCCUGCCUACAUAGUCGCGUUGACCGGGUUAGCGAGCGAACGUGAUGAGGACGAAGCUCUCGCCGCUGGCGUGGACAAGUUCGUCACGAAGCCUGUGCAGUUUGACCAGCUUUCGAGAUUGUUGAAGCAGCGGGAAGAAGAUUCUUCAAUAAGCGGACAAGGACAAUCGUCCUAG